GUGUUUUAGUCUCCUGUAAACGGGGCGUAGUGACACCUCGCCUCUAACCGCUCCUCUCAGUGGACGGAGGAUGUGGAGGUGAUGGAGUCGGAGCGAAGCUGCGGCACCGACACACGAGCACCGACGACCGGGAGAAGUGAUCGAGAGUCGGUGCAUGAGGCCGUCAGGUGUCACCAGGAGAACCCAUGGAGCCGUACAUCAUGACCUUGCACUCCUCCUCCCCUCCUCCACUGGAUGAUGAUGGCGAUGGGGAGGCUGGCACAGAGGACGACGAGUUCGGAGACUUUGGGGGGUUCUGCUCCCCCCGAGGCGUUGCAGAUCCCACGGAGCCACCAUCCAGCCUCAGAGAACCUUCUCACACCCUGAAGGCUGCCACCCAUCCACCCACUGGAAGCUCAGGUUGUGACGGGGGCCAGAUGGAGGCAGAGAGGAAGGAUUGUAAAGCUGAAUCCUCUUUGCACCUCACAAACGGAUACGCUGAAGGAGACCACAACGCUGGGACCCAUGGUGCUUCGAGUACUUUCUCUCCUGAGGAGGAAACAGGCUUUGCUGAUUUCACUGUGUUCACAGAGCAGGCCGUUCAUCCCUGGUGCUGCGGCCUCUCUCCCUUGAACAGCACCGAGACGUGGGCUCAACAGACACACGGUCCGGGUCAGGAGGUUGUUCUGGACUCUGAGCCCAGAUCUCAUUGUGCAUCUGAGUCUAAAGGGAAUGUUUGCACUAAGGUCGAGCACUGUGAGAACCGAGAUGCAUCUCAGGACCCCCCCCAGCCUCAGAGAGCUGCAGCAGCGUUUGGAUUUCCAUCUCCUCAGCCUCAUUUCAGAGAGGAGGAUGGAGGCGAGCGUGGGGACAGAUGGAGGGAAACGAGGCAUUGUUUGAAUUAUUUACAAACCUCCGAGGUGCAGGAGGAUGGAGACUUGGACAAAGACAGAGAGGGGAGCGUUUCUACUGUCCCUCAAAUAAUCAGUGUGUAUGAGUCUGCUGCAGAGGACCUGGAGUCUGUCGGGGACGACUUUUCAUUUGAAGGUGUUUCUGCCGACUUGGAACCAAUUGUUUCAUCUCUGGCUUCGCAAGACGAUCAGACCGACUGGGACCAGACCGAUGCUGAGGAUGAAGAACUGGGGAACAACUGGCAUUCGGACUCUUUUGGCAACAGCAGCGGCAGAAAGGCAGAUCUCAGCCAAACAGAGGCAGAGCAGGCUUUGGGUCACUGCGACCAAUCUGCGACUCAGGAAACCUCAGCUACCUCCAACCAGUCACUGUCUGUAACAUACACAGGAUCCGGAUUUGCAGACUUUGAUGACCGUGGUUCUGAGCGUCACAGGGACCAAGACUGUGUCCAAGCUGCUGAUGUGAGUGUGCAGAGUCUGGGGAGCCUCCCGCCCAGUGACAGCUUUGCUGAUUUCUGCUCAGCACCCAUACAGGAGACUGGAGAAGGGUCGUGGGCAGAGUUCCAUGAUCAGAGGCCUCAAGAGGAGGGAAGUCAGCAGCCGGACCGAGUCAGCAGCCUUCAGAGUGACGGGGAGGAGGAGCAGGACCGGGUGGGACACUGUGGAGCUUCAAGGAGAAGCAGCUGUCAGGUGUCGUUAUCCUGCCGUGUCCAGCAGAUCCUCUGUGCCAUUUUCCCAGAGGUGGUGGUCCCGACUGUGGAAGGUGAGGAGGAGGAGGAGGAGGUGCUGAGCCUCUGUUCUCAUCUUCACACCCGACACCUCCCAGAGAGUGAGGAGGAGAAGAUGCCAGGACUCAGCGGUGCUCAGAGGGCUCCUCGGGGCCUGUGGUGGCCACACCAAGACGUCCACAGUGCGGUCGGCCUUCAGUUCCAGUGGAGCGGCUCCCACACCAACAGGACUCUGCUCAGGUGCCUCGGUGUGGACACGAGAAACAUUUUGUUCAUCGGCAUGAAGAAGCAGCCGGUAGCUGUACCUGCUUUUGCAUCCAGCCUGGGAAUGCUUGAGCCAACCAAAGACGCUGUAGCAGCUGUUUGUACUUCAGGAUACGCAGCGGUCACAGCACGAGAACCUGCAGGGCCACAGAACAGGCAGGACCCCCUUUUCAUUUGCACCGUGUUUCCCCUCCACAGCAGCAGUGGGCGACCACAAUUGAUUUUCAACUCGGGAAUAAUUACAACCAGUGUUAGGAAAUCAUGUUUUGAUCUAUUUAUGCAAACAAGAAAACUGUGAGAGGUCAAAUAUCCAACUGAUCCAAAAACUGGGAACAAAAGUAAAAUAAAACAUUACCCAUCAGUCCCAAUUAUUCCAAAACACUUCCAGGGGGAAGCACUGUCCGGAUUUCCCUUCUCUCCUUCCUUCACUGACUCUAGUGUCUCAUCUUUACCUGCUGCCACCUUCUUAUUCAUUUAUCUCAGUAUUUAUCGGUCCCAGCUGAGAUGGGAAAACCAGUUUGAAGUGUUAACACCUGAUGUGGGUGAAGGUUACGAUUUAAAGGAGCAUUUUGAUUCCUUUAGGCACCGUUGAGGUUUAACUGUUAACUCUAACCCGGUGGUGCCCAGUGCGUGGGGAUGAAGCCUGUGGAUCUGACAGUAUCAUCUGAUUUUCUUUUUACAUUUUGAUGUGAAUCAUUUGUUAUGUUCUUGUGGAGGUAACAAAAGAAAGACCAGUAGAAAACCACAGAAGACGAGGUCGCAUUUUGUUAGUUUCCUUCUAAAUUCUUGCAGCUACUCCAUCAACUUGGAAGAUGUUGCAUAGUUAAAAAAGUGAAAUCUUUAAAUAGUUAUUGGCACAUGACACAAACUGCUGUGAUCUGAGUUUCUUGAUCUGUUGUGUGACAGAUGGGGAACUUGGUGGUACUGUGUGUGCUGCUGCUGCUGCAUGAGUGAGAAGUGUGUAACUACCUGUGUGGCAUUGCAUUGAUUACUCAUCAGACUGCAGACAUGUCAGCUGAUGAUGAGCAGCAUGUGAACGGCUCGAUUGACACUUAGAUGAGUCGAGUCCACUGAAGAAAGCCUGUUUCCAUGACAACAUCAACAGCACAAGCAAGACAAAUGUUUAGUGAUGAAUCACAUGAAACAGAAUAGUGUUGCAGUGAUAACGUGUGAACAGCAGGGGGCAGUAAAUUGUCAGUGCAGAAAAAAGGUCAAAAGAUAUACUGAAUAAUUUACAAAUGCAAAGAACAUGCACCUAUAUAUUUAUUAUAUAUAUUUAUUAUUUGUUUGUAGUUAUUUAUUUCGUUAUGUAUCAUUGUCUCAUGUGUUAUAUGAAAUGUGUCUUUGGGAGUUUGAGUUCUGUUUGGUUCAACAUGUGCAGGUGACUGUCGACAGGAGAUUUAUUUUCGACAUCACUAUUCAAAUAAGAUGAAAAUGGCGACACAGUAAAAGGAAGUUGAGAUUUUUGCAUCAGUUAAUGCUGCUUUCAGUUUUUGGGGGGUUUUCUUUACUCGGUGCACUGAAGCACGAACUGUGUCCGCACGCUCUGCAGAGUGUUUGAUUCCAAAGAAGUGUUUCAUUACCAAUCCAAUGUGUUUGCACAACAGUUCUGUGGAACCGUUACAGUACGUCAUCAUGAGUUGUGCCUUCAUGCAAUUAUUUUCUAAAAACUAAUGAUUUUUUUUCUCCAAAUGGUACAAUUCUCUUUGGACUGAUAAAUUGUUGUGGUUUUUUUUUUAUUCAGAUUUAAUGCUCAAAUCCAGAUUUAAUGCACUGCAAUAAGGUCUUUGUGGGAAAUCCUUGUAAAUACUGAAAUAAAUCAGUCGAUCCUU